AUGGGCGACCUUUUGAAGUCGAUUCCUAUACCCACCCUCGACCGUCCCUUCGGCAUUGAGCUAUGGCCCUAUUUCAGCAAGGGCUUCGAGACCGUCGUGGGUUAUCCUGCCGAUAAUUUCAGAUUUGUUUCCGGUCUCACGCCCAUGUCAACACUCCAAGAGACGGUCAUUUCUCUGAUUUCAUACUAUGUCAUAAUCUUUGGCGGCAGAGAGUUGAUGAAGCAUCGCCAGGCCUUUGUUCUAAAUGGCCCUUUCAUGAUUCACAACUUCUACUUGACUGUCAUCAGUGGCGUUUUGUUGGCUCUCUUCAUCGAGCAACUCCUUCCCACCUUGGCCAGAUAUGGUGUUUUCCAUGCCAUUUGCGAUCACGACGGAGGCUGGACCCAGAGACUCGUCGUUCUAUACUACCUUAAUUAUUUGACUAAAUACCUCGAACUGAUCGACACCUUGUUCCUUGUGCUUAAGAAGAAGCCCCUCACCUUUUUGCACACCUACCACCAUGGUGCCACCGCCCUUCUCUGCUACACUCAGCUUAUUGGAAAUACUGCUGUCUCUUGGGUUCCUAUCACAUUGAACUUGACUGUCCACGUGGUCAUGUAUUGGUACUACUUCCAAUCCGCCCGUGGCAUUCGCAUCUGGUGGAAGAAGUACAUCACUAUGCUCCAGAUCAUUCAAUUCGUCAUUGACCUUGGCUUCGUCUACUUUGCUUCCUACACCUACUUCACCAGCACCUAUUUCCCCAACAUGCCAUCUGCCGGUCAUUGUGCUGGUGAAGAGUUUGCUGCUUUCGCUGGCAUGGGUAUUUUGAGCUCCUACCUCUUGCUCUUCAUUUCCUUUUACUUCGCCACAUACCGGAAGCAGACCAUUUCUGGACGUCCUAGGAGGAAUACUGGAAAGGAGGCCUUGAUCGCUAUGAAGGAUCUUCCCCUUCCUGACCCACACAAGCUUCCUACUACACUGGACGACUCGAAGAGCAACGGUGCCGUCGCCACGGGACGCUCUGAGGGGCGCACUACCAGAUCGAGAAAAGCUUAG